AUGCGGAAGGAGGCAUGCAUUUACUUCAUCGUCACCCAAGCCGAAUACCUUCCCCAUCGCCUCUCCCUCCUUGAGAAGGAGAAGGAAGUCACUCGCGCCCGCGACGCCGUCAGCAAAGAACGCCGCAAAUUGCCACUUGUCGAAGUGACCACGCCCUAUACUUUCACUGCCCUCGACGAGGCGACAGGAAAACCCAAACCAGUCACGCUCCUCGACCUCUUCGCCGGCCGGCCGCAACUCAUUAUCUACCAUUUCAUGUUCGAUCCUGAAUGGGAUGCGGGAUGUCCAAGCUGCUCUUUGCUAGGCGACACCGUUCCGCCCUUGCAGCAUCUGAACUCUCACUCCACCACCUUUGUCGCCGUCAGUCGCGCACCCAUCGAGAAAAUCACCGCUUACAAGAAGCGCAUGGGUUGGUCGUUCCCCUGGGUCUCGUCCAGCGGGACUUCCUUCAACUACGAUUUCCACGUCACCGGGGAUGACAGCAUUGCCCCAGUGCAAUACAACUUCAAGAACAAAGCCGAGCUCGAGAGCCGAGGCCAGUCUUACUUCGCCCGCGGCGAACAGCCAGGUCACUCGGUCUUUAUUGUCGGUGGACGUCUUGGUGUUGGUGAGGAAGGCAAAGUGUAUCAUUCGUACUCGACAUAUUCCAGAGGAGGCGAGCAGAUCAUCAAUACCCUGAGUUGGUUGGAUAUGACCCCUUUGGGCCGCCAAGAUGGGGUCAACGGUGUCGGUGGACUUGGGUACAAGAGACACGAUGAGUACACUGAGGAAGAUCUCAAGGGUUUGGAUGUCAAGAUCCAAGCUUGA